ACAAUAUUUCUAUGGCGUUUACUGUCUACGGUGAUAAUAUAUUUGCUUAAUUUUUUAUAAUACUUUCUUUUCUUUUCACAGGGAAGCUGCUGCCAAAAAGGUGAGUACAGUUUAUUUAUAUGACACGAACUGCUUCAAUUCCUUUAGAUCAGCCUUACUGGAAUACUAUCACAAAUCUUUAGAAGUUAAUUAUAAUCCUGAUAAUCCUCGAACAUUUAAAACUAUAUGCCUGAAAUGUAACUCUGUACGAAGUCUUGCAUAUCCGAUAUCCUGCUGCUUUUAGUAACUAAUAUUGUUUGUUCGUAGGUUUGUUAGUCUGUCCAGUUGAAUGUCUGUUGUUUGUUUGAUUGUAUCCAAUUGGGCCCGCAGUAAUUGGCAAUAAGCUGUUGCGGUGUCCCGGGCACUCUGUGUAAUUUUAUGCCGGCAAAGUUAAUAAAUAAAAAAAAAAAAAAAAAAUUGGUGAUGGUUUGAUUGGAAACUCGUUAGAAUUAGAAUAUAAGGCCUGUCUUAUACGUCGAAUCUUGGUCGCGUCGAAUGCAAUUAAGACAAUAGAUAAUGAGAUGAUAAAUCUCAUUAAGCUUCAUUAUCUAUUGUUAUAUAGCUAGCGUGAACACCAAACGUGAUUGGCUGAUUUGUGGUCACGUGACUUCAGAUAAAUGCAAUGUUUCCCGCCGGGCAACAAGUGAAAAAUUGUUGCCCGCCCCGACCGGCCACGUACAUAAAUAAACAAAAUGGCGGCACAAAUUUAUACUAUUUAAAGGGGAAGUCAAGUCCGUAAUGUAAACAAACGGUUUGUUUACAUUUUGAACUGCUGUAUUUUUUAAAAUAUGAUGUACUGUCGGAAUAUCUAACAGCAUUUUGAUUCGCUAUGCUUCUAAAUGAAUAUGAAAUAAAGUUUAUGUUCAGAAAAAUUCGAAACAUUCGAAAUUUGGGCAAUUUUCACAUUAGAGGUCCUCACAUUGUUAUGCGCAGAACCGAUGCGCAGAACGGACUUGACUUCCCCUUUAAAUGUAAAAGAGAAGAAAAAUACAUGAUUUAAGGUUCAAGUUUUUUGAAGGACAACCUUUUUUGAAUUAGCUUUUUGUAUAAAUAUAAAUUGCUAGUUUAAGUGAUUUUCUUUUAAUAGAAAUUGACGAAGCUUUCAAAUUGUUUGAUAAAAAUGGAGACGGGUCAAUCUCAGCUAAAGAACUUAAGGAGGCGAUGAAACAGGCUGGCCAAGUCCACACAGAUGACGAGAUUGCAAAAAUGCUGAAACUAUUGGACAAAGACGGUGAGUGUUAUAUACUGACACCGCAUGCACGUACGAUGUAAUAUUUCGAUCAUUCUGAGAAGAAAUCUAAAUUUGCUUUCUGACAAAUCGGAAAAUAAUCAAGAUAGAUAGUGACUUUGAUUGAUUUACAGUAUUGUAUUGACAUGUGCCUGUUGACAUUGUUUUUUAGUUAGUCUUCAAAUUUGAGUGAGUCAGUCUCUGGAAAUGACAAUAAAUUUGUAUUACCCAACCCUUGAGUUGUUUUGUUUUUCAUUUACCCAACCUUUUACUCACUCAAAAUUUUGUUUACCCAACCCUUUUCUCUUCGGUGUCACCCCUCCCCCCCCCGCCCCCAAUAAAUAAUGACCGGUCCCUUAGUAACUUAGUUCAUUCGUACCACUUUAAGAGUAACCAUUCCUAUGACCAUGCAUUUCAGGCAACGGAACGUUGAACAAGGAGGAAUUCACACAAAUGAUGAAAGGCCGUUGCCCAGACGAGAAAGAAAUGCAAGACGCAUUCAAAGUAUUUGACGCCGACGGUAAUGGGUUUAUUACGAAGGCAGAGCUGAAGAAGGCCAUGCUUAAUUGUGGCGCAAAACCAGAUGAUAAAGAACUUGACGCAAUGAUUAAGGCUGCAGAUACUGAUAAAGAUGAUAAAGUUAACUUUGAAGGUAAAUUAUGAACGCAAUUAGAGUUUUGAUGGUGGGGAAGGUAGGCCAAGGAGUCAUUCCUCUCGUAAAACAUUUAAAAAUCAUUAUUGAGAAUGCAUCAUUGUAAGGGAAGCCUCACAUAUCGAUUUUUUCGACGAGAAACGUCAUAUGUUCGUUUAGGGGUGGGGGUGGGGGUUUGCAGCUGUGACGUUUCUCAGUAAACAUCAUGGAAAAAUUCGAUAGUUUUUUCGAAAGCCUUAACAUUUCGGAAUCAUCUUUGCAGAAUAAAAAAAUUACAUUCGUAAUACCGUACCUGUUCUAUAUACGUAUACAUUUAUAUUAUUACGCCUUCCUUGCAUUGAAAACAGUCACUCAAAUUUUAAGAAAAACGCGCUAAAAUUACCGAUCAAUAUUUCAUGCAAAAAAAGUUGUUUUGAGAAACGUUGGAAAUUUUGAAGUUCAUAUAUAUUAAUGAAAAAAGAUAUGUCAGCAGCAGAUGACAUAUUCCUCGCGGAAGUAUCGCCAAUAGCCGACCGUAGAAAAUCAGUAGAAAAUUACCUUAUCAGGUGUACUAUAUCUAUAAGAACAAAAUAUCGAUAACUAUGUGUGACGUUUCUAAGGGGGUGGGGGGGUGGGGGGUCUCCAGAGAAACGAACAUAUGACGUUUCUCGUGGACAGAAUCGAUAUGUGAAGCUUCCCUAAUACUUUAUAGUAGGAUUUAGUAGAUUUAAAAGACUAUAUUUUGGCGGAAACGUUAGUCUUUAGAGGGCAUGCCCUUCAGAAAAUCUUUAAAUUUACAAGUCCGGAAAGUGCAUUCCCCAUUUCUGUGUGCAUGAUCAGAUACAAAAAGUCUUUUUUAUAGUCAAAACUAAAAAUUUGUUUUUGCUAUCUCUUUUUUUCUAGAAUUCAAGAAAAUGAUGGCUCCGAAGUAAUAAACUUUUAAUUUUUUAACGCAAACUACCUGGAUUAGAUGAGUGUGAAAUAGCUAAUGUUCACCAGAAUGUGUUAUUUGACAUUCUUUCGAUUAGUAAUUAAAUUAUAAUAUGAUAAUUUUACGCGGUGCUAAUAAUUUAUCUUGUUCUAACGUUCCUCCAUAUGCGAUAAGUGUUCUUCUAUCAGUGCCUAAGCUGAGCGAGCGCGCAGGGGUGCUUGGGGAGGACGCGACGUUUUAUAUAUUUUCUCUCUAAAGCCGGUUUUCUACUAGGCGGAAUUUUGCGCGCGGAGCGGAAUUUUUCUUUGUCUUGUGAUUUCUCGGGUGGAACUAACUAGAAAAGAUAAAGAAAAAUUCCGCCUAGCUGUGGAAAACCGGCUUAAAGCGCCAGGGUAGGAGGCAGCGCAGGCUACCUAUUCUUGCAAUCUCGAACCCUGAGCCUGCAAUGCUCUGCGGAGGCUUGCUGAGGCUCUGGGGAAACGCCGUUCUCGUAUACCCAGAGCCCUUUUUACGCGCGGUCAACUAAAAAAUGGUACAGCCCAUAAAAACAUGGUAUCCGGUUAAAUACUGCGCAUGCUCAAUUCUUAAGGCUGUUUUCCACUAGGCGAAAUUUUCCACUAGGCGGAACGGAACAUUUGAAGCUAGAAGCCUUCUAGAAACCACAUGGCUUUUUAGGCCCCUGGGUAAUUAAUUAUUAAUUAGAAUAGACUAUAUUAUUAAAAUUGUGCUGUG